CUGCGCAGGCGCAGCGCCUGCCGGGCCUGGGCAAAGGAAGCGACGCGGCCGGCCAGGAUGGUGCUGGAGAGCGUGGCCCGCAUCGUGAAGGUGCAGCUCCCCGCGUACCUGAAGCGGCUCCCCAUCCCGGAGAGCAUUACCGGCUUCGCUCGGCUCACAGUUUCAGAAUGGCUUCGGCUGCUGCCUUUCCUUGGGGUACUUGCACUACUUGGCUACCUUGCAGUUCGGCCAUUUUUUCCUAAGAAAAAACAACAGAAGGACAGCUUGAUUAAUCUCAAAAUACAAAAGGAAAAUCCGAAAGUGGUGAAUGAAAUAAACAUUGAAGAUCUGUGCCUAACGAAGGCAGCUUACUGUCGAUGCUGGCGUUCUAAGACGUUUCCUGCCUGUGAUGGCUCACAUAAUAAACACAAUGAAUUGACAGGAGAUAAUGUGGGUCCACUAAUACUGAAGAAGAAGGAAGUAUGAUAGCAAUGGAUUAGGAUUGAAAUCUGUUGUGUGCUGUUGAGUCUCACAAUGGUAUUUUCUCAUUCUUUGUGUAUAGAAGAUAUGAAAUGGUGGUCUUAAUUUUCACUGCUGGUUGAAUAAUUAUUUCUGCCAAUUAUCUUGCUACACUAGUAUUUAUAUUUGAUACUCUAUAUUUCAUUCAUUUGUGUUGACAUAAAAUUGUCAGACCUGAUUCUGACUUCCAAGAAUUUAUGUGUUUUUCAACAAUAAAAUCAACAUUUCUGAUCGUAAUUACCUGAAAAAAAUCUAAAUAUUGGCAGGGGGUCCAAAGCUAUUUCUUUGAAUAUCAGUAUUUUCAAAAUAAUGUUGCUUCAGUAAUUUUUCCCUGUAUUCUUUUAAAUAUAUUAUUUUUAAUACUGCUUUUGUUUUGGUCAUUUAAAGUGCUUAUAUUUUUACCUUUUGGUCUUUCACACUCCAUUCUUUUUGGAUUAGGUAAAGUGCUACCAUUCGAAUUAUUUGAGUGUUCAUUAAGAUAUAUUCUGCUUUAUAGAGUAUUGUCUAUUUAACAUGAAUAUCCUAACUUCAAAAGAAGAAAACUGGAUAUAGAAAGGUCCAUUAUAUAUUUGCAUUAUAAAAGACUAUACAAAAGGCUUAUUUGUGUCUGUUAACAUAGA